CUAUUAUGGCGGUCCGCGGUGUCUCAUGUCUGUGCUCUGUGGUUAAAAUAUUGAAAUUGCUGUGUAUUUUUUUGUGACAAUUAUUUUCUCCAAAGUCCAAUUUCUCUUUUUGUUAUUGCGGAACUGUUUUGAUUACAUAUCCUCAUGACACACAAAACAUAAAUAAUAUAAAUGUCAUGGUUCGCGGACCUUGCUGGCAAGGCAGAGAGCCUGCUUAACAACCUCGACGAGCAGACUGGCGCGGUCCUGCGGAACCAGAAUGGUGGAAAAGUCAAAAAACAUGAGCACCCCGAGACUGCGUGGCAGAAGAAACGACCAAACCCUCGGAUUCCCAAAAAAAGUGUGCCAACGCUUGAAAAAUUUGAAAAGAGAACCUACGUAACACCUCCACCCAGAAGCCCGCCACCUAAAACUACUGUUCGUUCACCAAUAAAGGAAAGCUCAGAAAAUGUCAAGAUCGUUCAAGACAGGCAAGCAAAAAAGUCACCAACAAGGAGACAACUUCAAUACAAUCUUCACAAUAAUCCUAAAACUCUAGUGAAUGAUGUACAGGAUAACGAUGUUACUGAUUAUUUUGGUUUGCGGCAAAGAAGGCACAGUCUUCCAUCAGACCUUGAAAUUAUCAGCAAUGAAAAAAUUGCAUACAACAUGCAAAAUUUAGAGGUUGAGAACACAAUGCUCAAAAAUGAACUCAAUGUGUUCAAUAGAGAGGUAGUAGAACUGCUCGACAGGCUCAGAAGAACUGAAGAUGAACUUAAAGAGGCUCAAACAAAAUUAGAAUGUUCAGAACAGAUAAAAAACAAAUUAACAGUGGACAAGGAUUCUAUCGAGACACUAUAUGAGCACAUGAAAUCACAAGCAAUAGAUGCCAGCAGUGCCCAGCUGACGAAGUAUGAGAAACAGAGUCAAGAAUUUGAGAGCAACUUCAAAAUGUUAAAUCAGAUAAAUAAAGAGUUAGAGGAUAAGAUUAGGAAAUUGACUGACGAUUUAAACACAAAAGACACAGCACAAUUGAAACUAGAAAAUGAUCUGAGACACGCUCAAAAUACAAUUAAUGAAAAACAGCUUGCCAUAGACAAUAAAACGGAAGAGUGCCAAAGAUUAGAGAAGGACUGGGAAUCUUAUAAGCUGAGGGUCAAGAGUAUGCUGUAUGCCAAAGACAAUGAGAUCAAAACUCUGAGAGAAGGCAAUAAUUUGACAGAGGACACUAAAAUGUUGAUGGACCAGUUGGAAACGUUAAAAGAAGAGAAGGAAGAACUAUCGCAAUUGGUGUCUCGUGUACACAAAGAGUGUAGCGACAUGAGGCAUCAGAUGUCGCAGCUGGAGGCGAAGCACACCGGGUCGGAACGCAUCCUCACCGCGUUACGGGACGCGUUGAAGGAGGAACGCUUGGCGAGGAAUCGGGCCGAGGCACAGAGGGCGGCUUUGGCUAAAGACCUCCAAAACCUUCAAAUGGAAACAAACCAUACUAUAGCCAGUCUACAAAAAGCCUUACACGAAAAAGAGGACGAGAUCAACAACCUGCGGGAGACAACAUCGACCAAUCCCACUUCUGACACCAGUGCUUUGAACGUCGCCGACUAUGACGUCAGCAAAGAUGUCGAGACUCAGAAGAUUCAGUACCUGACGCAGAUGUUGAUACAGAAGCAGGGCAAGAUCGAUACACUUCUGGCUGAUAACAAUAUAAUGAGGAUACAGCUUGAUAAGAUAGAGUCAAAAUAUCGGUCUGAACUGUCAUCUCUCCGCUCCAAGCUGUCACACAGCGUGGUCCAAUUCCAAGAUGGCGACCGCAGUCGGUUGCGCGUGAAUUACGCAAAUUCGCCGCUGUCAGCACUGUCGCUACGUAUGGGCGUCAUUUUGAAACGCUACCCGAUAUUUAGGCUCUUCAUACUCGUUUAUAUGAUUGGUUUACACCUAUGGGUGGUGACAGUACUCUUCACCAGUACUCCAGAAGACAACGUGCCGCGCCCGACGAAAUCCUGAUCCACUCGUAUACGCCAUUAGAUAAAUUUUGUAUAUUUAUUUAUAUAAAUACAUCACACUGUACCUUGUAUGAUACAAUAUAUUAUUUUUUAAUAAUAAAUAUUGAAUGAAAGUUA